UUUUUUUUUAAUAUUCUUGAUUAAAACAUCAUGAUUUAAAAAAUAAUCUUCCACCAGUAGGCCUUUUCUAACGUAGCAUUAAUUCUAGUAAUCACCGCCCACAAGGGGAACAACUCUAAUGUCAAAUCAAAAUGGCGUCUACAACAAACGCAAAUUCGGAAACUGAAGCCAAUGUUCAUUCUGAUAUUGAGGCACACGGUGUUCAUUCACAAUUAGUUCAUUCAAUGAACGAGAUUUUAAAUAGUUCAUGCAGUUCUCAUAAAGUAAAUCAUCUUAAUGGGUGCAUUAGGAUUAUAGAGACAUGUGAGCAGAGUUCACGUCAAAGCUUGUUGGAAAAAGAUCAGUUCGUUCAGAAACUCAGGCUUGUAAUUGAGGCAGCGUAUGUGCCUCCAUUUAUGACCAGAGACUACUUUUCCUAUGAAAGGGAGGAUUUUAUUGGGUAUCCUGAACUUUCGGAAUGUGUAUUUAAAUACCUUAUGCCUCUAUUUAAUGCAGACUAUCAUCAUCUUUUAAAAAUAACUGAUGGAAAUGUUGAUUCUCAAUUUGCUCAACUUCUUCUGACAAUUAUUAUUUUUAUUGGGGCUCAUGCAAAAGAACCACACUGGUCAUCACCAGGUUGUCAGACAAUGCACACUAAAUUGUUACAACUACUUUUAAGCAGUACACAGUCUGACUCCCCAUGUGAAGUGCUUCUUCUCAAGGCCAGCUACACAACUGAAAAUACUUCUAAAAGUUGUACUAUGCUGGAACAUGUUUUAAUGCAGUGUAAACAGUUAUUCCAGAAAGGACAAUGGCAAAAACAUCCAUUUUAUGUUGAAGCCUUUUGUUGGAUUAUAACACAAGUAAAGUCCCCUUAUUUGAGUGAACAUAUUGAGAUGACAAUGAUCACAUCUUUAAAUUUCUUGGAAGACCAUCAAGAAACAAAUAAAAUCAAAGGGAUUAAUUGCAUUCAGCACUUAAUUGACAAUACCUCUGGUGAAGAAUUACGGUGGUACAACCGUGCUGAAGUAAUAUAUGAAGCCUUGAAGAAGCAGAUGUUUAACAAAGAGCCAGCAGUGGUAGCUGCACUUUUUCCAUGUUUGUUUAGUAUUUUAAAAGUAGUGGACAAGAAACCAGAUCUAGAAUACCAUAACAGCAUUAUGAUCACAUUGAUGCAAUACACAAUAUUAGAAAAUCUUCUGGUUAUUCGUCGGCUCUAUGUGAAUUUCCUGAAUGACUUAAUACAGCAGAUUGGCGUGGCCACCAUUCAACAUUUGAAAACACUAGUCUCGAUUGUUGAACAGUUUCUAGAAAUUGAAGAUGGUGAAGAAGAAUUAUCUCGCAUCGGAGUAUUGAAAAUGCUAUAUAAUAUAAUUCGUAUUGCAUGGCCAAGAAUUCCUCACCAUACACAAAAACUUUUGAAGGCCAUUUUAAAACUUCUUGUAGAUAUAAACAGUUCACAGUAUCAAAAGUUUAAAACAAACAAUACCCAAGAAGAGCUAAAUGAAUUAUCUGUAAAAUGCAUGAAACUACUUUUGAAGUUGUCUCCAUCAAUGAAAGAGGCUUUGGAGGCUUUGAUGGAAUCUGAGCACCUCACAACAAUAAGACCUGUGCUUGCAAGAGUAAGAAAUGACUAAAACUUUGAUGCAAAACUUAGUAAUGUGAAUAAAAUUUGGAAAAUUCUACUAUGCGUAAAUACCAUUUUUUAAGUUAUUGAGUGUAUUUUACCAUUGUCUAGCCUUUUAAUUAGUUCUCAUGGUUGAUGUUUUAGUUACAGAAUUGAAAUAUAAUUAAUACAUCAUCAUGUAAGACAAAACAUAGUCAGAUUUUUAAAAAGUAUCGAUAGCUUUGGGUUGAGGCAUACAUGUAAGUGCUUAAAUUAAAAGAUACCAUCUUACAACUGCUGAACAUAAAAAUAAAUUUAAAGCCUGUUCUUGUUAUUUUCAUAGAAUGAGGUUUGUUUGUUUGCUUGUUGUUGUUUUUUUUUUAAUUCAUCUUUCAGUGCAGCUGUAGAGAGCAAUUGUUUAGUAGAGUUUAACAAAAUUAAGGUUUUGUGUAAGUCACCUGUAGAAGACCUGUUUGUAUCCCUCUGGCUUUUAUUAUAGAGUGCUGGAACAUAAUGCUGGACAAACAAUUCUUUUACUAAUAAUGAGGUGGGUUUAUAUUAAAUUGUGCAUCCUCAAUUAACUGGAUAAAUAAAGCAAUUUUAGGGAGCUGAAAUUGGGUGUAUUUGUUUACUCAGGAAAACUGAUUGUAAUAAUCAGACUACAAUUAUUUGCAAAAUGUUAUUUUUGUGCUUUCUUGAAUACUGUUAGUUGUUUUAUUAUCUUGAGGUUUUAAUUAUGUCUUUCAUAUUGUAAAUUAAAAAACAAAGAUCAUUGCAGGAGUAUUAACUUCAAAGUAGGCCUAUAUGCUUUUUCGACAUUUUUUUACUGCAUGCAAAUGGGGAAGGAAAUAAUUUAAAUUAUUAGCAUUUGCAAGGGACAACCAAAUGAUGUAAAGUUGUUUUGCAACUUUAUAUUUUUUUAACUAGAAAAUUACAUUGUA